AUGCCGGUAGCGAGCAGUUCUCGGCGUCUGGUGGUGCAGCAGUCGCGCGGCGCCCUGCGAAGCAUUUCUGGCGCUGCAACACAGCCUCGAGGCGUCUCUACGCAGCUGCUUCGUUCGAAUGGCUCGUCGAUCCGCGCCACAGCGGCAGGCUCGGUGAAUGCAACUCGGAGCGCCAGUUCUUCUUCGAGCGGUGGUGGCGGCGGGAAGAGCAAGGAUGAUGGUUGGUCUCGGCAUCGAUCACAGUACAACUACGACCCCUUCACACUGCACCCAGAAGCAAAACACUACUCGUAUCCGCUGGUCACCGCCGACGAGCUCGCAGCCCCUACCUCAACCAAAGUAGCGUCAAGGGGCCCAGGGGGGAGACCACGGGAGGUACGCAUGCUAGCGCGAGACUUUAUCCACGACAGCCUGUACAAUCCGGAGUACGGGUACUUCACCAAGCAGGCGGUGUUGCUCCCUGACCCUGCGCCUGCGCCUGCCUCUGGCGGCGACGCGAACCCGGACGCAGAGGCACAAGGAGAAGGAGGAGGAGGGUAUCGGAACGUAGGCGGCGAGCUGUAUGCCGAAGAGAUGGGUCUCCUGCGCCCUGCCGACCCGGGGUUCGACUUCAAUUCGAUCAAGAACGAGAGCGAGUUCAUGCGCGCCGUCGAAGAACGGUAUCAGCUGUUCGAGGAGCAGAUCUCCAUCCUCGUGCAAGAUCACCAAAACACGCUCGACGCCGAACAGAAGCAACGGCAGUUCGACACUGAUCUGCAGCGCGAACGCUCCGAGCGCCUCGCUAAGCGCGUUUCUGCCCCCGCGAAGACCGCAGCAGAGUACAGCGCCGCGGGGCUAGAAGCGGCGCAGCAGCGCGGUCGGGCGAUGCGGGCGCGAGAAGGCGUCCAAGAAACCGACGUUCAGUCGAUGGCUGCGAAGCAAGUGUGGCAUACACCAACGCAAAUCUUUCAGCCCUACUACGCCCACGCGAUCGCACGGUACCUGGUGGCAGAGUACAAGCUGAACAACUAUCCGUACGACGACCUGGUGGUGUACGAGCUGGGCGCUGGAUCGGGAGCGCUCGCUAGAGGUAUCCUGGACUACCUGGAGGAGUGCGAGCCGGAGAUCUACACGCGCACACGCUAUCGGAUCGUCGAGAUCAGUGCGCGGCUUGCAGGCGAGCAGAGACGCAAGCUCGCGCGGCAUUCGCGCAAAGUGCAAGUGGUGAACCAGGAUAUUCUGAAUUGGAACCAGGGUGUGGUGCAGGAGCCGUGUUUCGUGAUCGCUCUGGAAGUGUUUGACAACCUCGCGCACGACGUGGUGCGCUUCAGCACGCUCGAUCUCACGCCGUAUCAAGCGGUGGUCAGCAUCGACGAUACGGGAGACAUGCACGAGCUCUGGCACCCUCUCGACGAUGCGCUGAUUUCGCAGUAUCUCAGCAUUGUUGGACCUGCGCUCUCGCCACUUGCCUCGUCGCCGCUGCGGUUUGUCCCGCCCAAGGUGCGCGAGGUGGCAGCGAAGCAUGCGCCGUUUUUCCCCAACCUCUCGCCGCCGCUCUUUGUCCCGACGAACGCGUUGCGCUUGAUGCACAAGCUGAAGACACACUUCCCGCAGCACAGGCUGGUCAUGUCUGAUUUCGACAGCUUGCCCGAGGCGCUCGACGGCACCAACGCCCCCGUCGUCCAAACGCGCUACCGCGGCACAAUGCUCCCCGUCUCCACCUAUCUCGUCCUCCAAGGCUUCUUCGACAUCUUCUUCCCGACCAACUUUGAGCAUCUCCGCAAAAUGUACAAGGCCGUCCUAACCCAGCCCUCCCCCACCCGCACUCCGCCCGCGGCAACGCGCGACUUCUUCUCGGCGCACCACCCCUUCACCCACCCCUCAGCAGCAGCACCAGCGCCAGUAGGCGCCGGCGCAGGCGCCAGCAGGGACAGAAACGUCAAGAUCUACUCGCACGCUGCGUUCUUGCAACGCUACGCCCAGACCGAGAAGCUCCAGCUGCGCGACGGCUCUAAUCCGCUCCUCUCCUGGUACGCUAACGCCAGCUGGUUCCUGUCGUGA